UACCAGCUGCCCAUGGGCUGGGGGGGGCAGCAGGGACGGGACCCGAGCCCCGGACUUGUGCCCACUGGGUGCCCUUGGGGCGCAGCUCCGCCUUGCCACAGGGAGGCCCCCGCACACUCCAGCCCGGGGCAGGAGCCGGGGUAGCUGAGCGCAGGGAGCCGGGGGGCGGCCGGCAGGUGCCACCAUGGCGCGCCAGCUGAACAUGGACGCGCUGCAGCAGGACUUCUGGAAGGAGGAGUAUCUCAAGGAGCUGAUGCUCCGCUUCCGCUGGCACCAGCGCUACGGGGCAGCCGUCAAGGCCAGGCAGGAGCAGCUGCGCCAGCGGCGGCAGGCCACCAAGGAGCCGCUCAAGCUGCCCGCCCUCCCGUCUCCGGCGCCCGUGCCCCCGGCCGAGCAGCCGCCCGAGGAGCCCGCCGGGGGCAUCCAGGAGGGGGAGAUGAAGCCCGUGGCGCCGGAGGUGCGGCAGCUGCUGUACCAGGGCAUCUCCCAGGACGGCGAGGGCCGGCGGCGCUACCUGACCCGCCGCACGGCCUGCGCCCCCGAGGAGAAGUACUACACCCCCGUCACCACCAACUUCCUCUACGGCUGGCAGAUGGGGAAAGUCACCAAAGUCUACGUGCCCCCGUCACCCAAGUGCCGCAUCGAGAGCUUCUUCCGCAAGAACGGGGCCUUCUCGCUGCUGGACCCGCGCGACGUGGCCAUGUGAGAGCCGGGCCCCCCCGCCACGGGGCUCUGGGCCUGGGGCCAGGCCAGUCCGCCCCACCCCUGGACCACGCUGGCUGCUUGGGGCGCUGGGCUCUCCUAACACGACUGCCUGGUGCU